GAUUGGUGCCUCCAUGGACGUUCCCAGCUUCAUGGGGAAAGCGGACUUGGCAGCAAGCGAGACCAGGAGUUGCAGCCGGGAGAAGCCAUGCUGUCCGGCGUGGGUUUCCCACAGAGGCUCCAGUUCCAAGAUCCCGAGGAGCAGGACCUAUCGUGGAGGGAACCCGUGUCAUUUGAGGACGUCACCGUGACCUUCAGCAGAGAGGAGUGGCAGCAGCUGGACCCUGUCCAGAGACACCUGUACCAGGAAGUGACGCUGGAGAACUAUAGCCACUUUAUCUCCUUGGGGUUUGAGUUUCCCAAACCAGAGGUCAUCUUCAGGUUGGAGGAGGGACAGGAGCCAUGGACGGUGGACACUGACCUCCCACAGUGGAGCUGCCAAGGUGAAGCGUAUGGGCUGGAAAGCCCGCACAGGGACAUUUCCGAAAACACUGCCUUUCACAAUGAUACGACGGACGACGUCACAAGAGGAGCUUCGUGGUGUACCGUUGUGGAAGAACUGUGGCAGGAUGCCGACCAGAGGAGAGGGUAUCAGGAACAUCCAAAUAAGCCGGUGCAUUGGGGUGCUUUCAUCAACGAGCAAGGAUUGACGAGCGAGAGUGUGGGUGACUACACCAGUGCUAGGAAACGUGUGCAUGGGAAGCCUCGCUUCAUUUUUUCACAGAAGCAACUUAUUAAAUCUUGCUCAUUUCUGAAAGCUUUGAAAUGCAACCUGGAAGCAAACGGUCAGGCCAAUAGCAAUGGUACGACAUACCUUGAUAACACCAUUGAACCUGAUCCUCUUUUGGCCUUUGACCCUUGUAAUCAUGGCUGUAAGAAUAACCUGGCAGAAGAGAACUUCUGCAAAGGGACCCAAGGCAGAAAACUCCUCAGCCAUAAACAAACGCUCAUGCAUUACCAAAUCCAUACUGAAGAGCAGCCUGUUGAGUGUACUGCGUGCGGGAGGAUCUUGACUCAGAAGCCGUUUCUCCUUAGCCAACAGAGAAUGCAUAGUGUAGAAAACCUGCACGAAUGCAGCAAAUGCGGAAUCGCCAUCGAGCCUAAUCCCCCACUUGGCGUGUAUGUGUCCAUCCAUACCAGUGAAAUCCCUUAUAUAUGUAUUGAAUGCGGGAAGAUCUUCUUCCAGAGGUCGGAAUUCAUUAAACACCAAAUCAACCACACGAGAAUGAAACCCUAUAAAUGCCAAGAAUGCGGGAAAGCUUUUUGCCAGAUGUUAUCUCUCUUCAGGCAUCAGAGAAUUCACACUAGAGAAAAACUCCAUGAAUGUAGCGAAUGUGGGAAAGGUUUCUCCCAGAAAUCAGACCUCAAUAUACAUCGGAAUAUUCAUACCGGCGAGAGACAAUACGCAUGCAGUGAAUGUGGCAAGACCUUCUCCCAGAAGUCAACGCUUAGCAUGCACCAGAGAAUCCAUACAGGAGAGAAAUCUUAUGUGUGUAUCGAAUGUGGGCAAGCCUUUGUCCAGAGAGCACACUUGAUCAUACAUCAAAGAACGCACACUGGAGAGAAACCUUAUCAGUGCAGUAGCUGUGGGAAGUCCUUCAUUUCUAAGUCCCGACUCCAUGCACAUUAUCGAAUUCAUACAGGUGAGAAACCGUAUGAAUGCUCUGACUGUGGAAAAUCUUUCUCUCAAAAGACACACCUCAAUAUACAUCAGAAAAUUCAUACCGGAGAAAGACAACAUUCAUGCAGUGAAUGUGGGAAAGCCUUCAACCAGAAAUCAAUACUCAUCAUGCACCAAAGAAUUCACACUGGAGAGAAGCCUCACCCAUGUAGUGACUGUGGGAAAGCCUUCAUUUCCAGGGCACAACUCAGAGAGCACCAGCGAAUCCACACAGGAGAGAAGCCCUAUGUAUGUGCCGAGUGCGGAAAGGCCUUCACUGGCAGGUCAAAUUUCAAUCGGCACAAGACGACUCAUUACCGGAGAGAAAUCAUACAAAUGCAGUGAUUCUCAGAAAGGCUUUGCCUAGAAAUCACUUCUCAGGAUGCUUCACAGUAUCCACGAGUGAGAUACACUCUGUUUCUUCAAUAGAUCUUGUAAGAGUCUGUCUAACUACAUCACAGAAUUCAUGCUUCAGGAAAACAAAACAAAACAAAA